GGCAAACGCACAGACCUCUCCGUGGCCGCCACUCGGAAUAUUUAUGGACGGCAGGCCAAUCAGCGCCCGGUCUCUUGCAUCAACACGUAGCUCCGACUUCCACAACGCUCAGAAGCGCGACCUGAGCUCCAGCGCCAGCACACUGCAGACCUCAACUGCCAUCUUCGUUCUCAGGGUGGCUGGGCCACCAUGUGUGUCGGAUAACAAGUAUUUCUGAAUCAUCCAUUGACAAUGACACUUUGAUAACCGUACGCCCCAAGCAUCGGUUGGUAUACAUGUGCGUGCCUCUUCGGGCCCAACGCCGCGAUUUCCAGGGCCACUUCCGAGGUUCACCUGCGAAAUGGAUAACCACGAAGAAAGUGCCCAGCCCGCUUCCCGCCCGUCUACGGCACGUAAAGUCGACCCAGACAACGAUGCGGCAUCGCCCCCACCUCCGAAUAUUGAUGAGAAGCGCCCAACCCCCGAUGUCAACUCCCUGAAGCCCGAAAACAUCCCACCCCUUCGCCCGCCUGCCCCCGCCGCACCCGACAGCAGCUACCUAGAGAGCCCUAGUUUGAACUUGCGACACUCCGACUCUCAAGCCGAGAUUAUUGUUCGCCAACACUUGCAGGACAUCGAGUCGAGCUUCAGUGCCACACUGUCGCCCGCCCUGCCCACAUCCAACAAUGGACUGGACGAUACCUUUCUGCUCGACUCCCCCUCCAAGAAGCCUGCACCACAACGCCCUGCUCCGGAUGCAGACGAGUUUGCCGACCAGUCACAGGUGCUUCCAACACUAAGCCGCCCCGCCUCCAGCACGCCGCGAGACGUCGACGAGUCGGAUAUGCAAACACCAGUUCAGGAUGAGUCCACAGAAGCCGCGGGGAAUGCGACGGCCUCGCUGGAGGCGUUUUCGUCAUCACCAACAGCCGCAGGAGCGGCAAGAUCCGUCUCUCGAGCCGUCUCACAUGCAGCAUCGGUCCGGACUGAAGGCAACGACGGGCAUAACGAGUCUACUACAGAGCAACAUGUCAGAGAUCAGUUGGCCGACGACUCCCUUCUCCAACCGAGCUCUGAGGCCUCUUCCUCUCAGAUCAGCCGGGAUCACAGCCAAGAAAGAGUCUCUGCCGACGCCGGCCACACCCCCGGCCAAGCCCUCAAGUCCUCCAAGCGCCCAAGAUACCUGCGGAGCCGCAUAGGCAGCCAGCGGUCGUCCGUGUCGUCACUCCUUACCGACCCUGAGAGCGACGUGACGGUGGGUACGGGUGCUGACUAUGCACUCCAGUCAGGCGGCGCUUUGCCGUCACUAGGAUUGCCGCGGAGCCUCAACAAUCCCCUGUCCAGGUCCGUCAGUAUGGGAAGCAUGGCCAGUGGGAUUGAAGAUCUCCAUGACUCAUCGGGGCCUACAUUCGGCCAGCUUGAGACGCUGGACGAGGUUGAAGGCAGCAUGUCUCCCCAGACCGAUGCACGCCGCGAGCCGGACCGAGACCCGCUUCACACUCCGAAACCGACCAAGACAGCUCUUGCCGCGCCAACAGAUACGGUUAUUGCCCGUCAUGUCAGGGAUGUGCAAGUCCCCGAGUCGUUGGCCAAGGAGUACAAGAACCGAGGAGGCUUGCUGACCCCAGCACGGCCGGGCACAUCCGAUACAGCCGGCUUCGGAACCUCAACCGCGAGCCGGCACGGGAGGAGCCUGACGCUGAAAGAGCAGAGCAGCACCAUUGAGCGCCUAAGCAAGGAGAACUUCGACCUCAAGCUCAAAGUCAUGUUUUUGAGCGAUCGGCUGGACAAGCUCUCUGAAGAAGGUAUUAAGGAGAUGAUCUCGGAGAACGUCGAGCUCAAGACAGGCCUGGCCGUCCUGCAACGCGACAACAAAGUCCUGCGCCGGCGAGUCAAGGAGCUCGAAAAGCAGCUCAAGGACGAGGAGGAACGUCCGGGUACGGCCAGGAGCGCUCAUUCCGACGACGAGCAGAGCGCGGCGUACGACCAGGAGGCGCAGGAAAGAGAGGAGGAGAUUACCUACUUGCGGGAGCAGCUGGAAGAAUACGUCACUGAGAUUGAGCGGCUCAGGAAGGAGAACCUGAACAAAGAGGCUGAGAAGCGACGGAUGGCCGAGGUGGUGCGGACGCUUGGGGAGAAGACGGGCGAGCGACUAGGCGAAACUCUUGAGCGCCAGGAAGAAGCCGACGUCUGGAAGGACUUGCUAGAGCAGGAGACAGCCAGGAGAGAGCAGAGCGAUGAGGACAAUCGUCGUCUGCGCGACGAGAUAUUCCGGUUGAAGCAGGAGCUUGCAGCGCAGUCGACUGUCGGCCCAAUGCAUCAUACAACAAACAUCUACAACAUAACGAAGAAAUCUCCGGGGCGGCCUCUAUCCCCGACUAGGUCAGGGACAUCCUUUUCGGGAGAUCCGGAUGUCAACGGGACAAUGAGCGCUACCAGCACACUGGUUGAGGAACUCAGGCGGGAGAGCGAGCAGCUGCGCCAUGAAAAUGCCGAGCUCCGUCGCGAAGUGGGCGCCCAGACUUCGAUGCUGACGUCAAGAAAUCGCGAGAAGGAACGGCUGUACCAGGAGAUUGAGGAUCUCAAGAUGGCCCAGCGUCGCGGUGCGCCUGCUCCGUCCACGAUUGACAGCCUCCUGGAACGGUCGGCGUCUCGCGCCGGGGUCCACGAGCGGUCACAGUCUAGGGCCAGCGGCGUCACUCGGGUGACAGGGACGGCGGUCGACGAGGCGGACCUCGAAGAACUCGAGAAUAAGAUGGCAGAGCUACGGGACAAGAACAACGAUCUCAAACUGCAGAACCAUGACCUGCAGCGGGAACUAAACGCCUGCAUGGAAGACUUUGAAGCGGCCGUCGAGGCUAAGAAGCAGGCUGAGGAACUGGUUGCUGCCCUGCAGGAAGACCUCGAGACGGCUAUGAACGAUCUGAUGGCGCUGCAGGCCGAGCGGGACGAGGCGCUGCAGGAACAUGCCAAUCUUGAGACCGAAUUCGAGGCUCUAAGGAAGGAAGCUCAGGAGGAGAUUGACGCGUUGGAGGGCGAAGCAGACCAGCGGACGUCCGAGAUUGAACGGUUGCAGCUCGACCUAAACGACCGUACUGAAAGCUUUGACGCACUGCAGGCCGAGAUGCGCAAGAUGAGCGAGGCCUUGGUGAGGCUGGAGGACGAGCAGGCGGCCAAGUUGCGCAGGAUACAAGAACUGGAGCAGGAACUUGGCGACGCGAACAAGGAGCUUGAGGAUCUUGAGACGAAGCUCCUCGAGGCCAACGACAAGGCCAACCGCCUCUCGGUGCAGCAAGAGUCCAGCCAGGGCGAGAUCGCGUUCUUGCGUGACGAACAGGAGACGGACAAGAUUCGGAUUGGCGAUCUGGAGGCUGCGCUCGCUAAUGCCGAGCAGACACUGCGGGAGGAAAAGGAGCGAGCGAGGGAGCUGGAGCAGAGGCUAGCCAAUGAGCGGCGGCAGCGCGAGAUUGUGGCGAACCGCGAGAAGGAAGAGGUGCAGCAGUUUGUUAACGAGCUGAAUCGGGAGGCAUCGGCGGCUAAGGAUGAGGCGAGGAAGUUAAGGAAGAGCCUGACGAGCCGGGAAGUGGAGGCGACCGAGUGGAAGGAGAGGUUGAUUGAGCUGGAGAACAACCUUCGCGAGGCGUUGGGCGACUUGAAUGGAACCAGGUCGAGUCUACUUAAGUCCAUCGCCAAACUCCAGCGCGACCUCGAAAACACAGUCCGCGACCUCGACUCCACCAAGUCGUCGCUCGCCGAGAAAGACCGCAUCAUCAAGCAGCGAGAGGCCCUGCUCGAGUCGCACGCCCUUGAGUUGCGCAAGCUUGGAGAGAUGCUGGAUAAGGAACGGCAGGCCCAUCGCAACGUCAAGCACCAGUUCGAGACUUUCCAGAAGACGCAUCAGCACGUCACCCGCACGGUCAAUUCCCAGGACCAGCGUAUCAUAGAGCUCGAACAGUCCAAGGCGCAGGACAAGAAGCGCCUCUCGCAGCUCGAGAACUCCUUCAAGGAGCAGCUCACGGAACGAAACAACUUGCUACUCCAACUCUGGACCCGUCUAUCCGCGCUGUGCGGCACCGAUUGGGCGCACGACAACAGCCUCAUCAACGGACGGGCGCUGCCCAGCCUCGAGGCCGUGGCGACUAUGCUACCGGGUUUCAGCAAGAACCUCCUUGCGGCCGUCAAGACAAUUGAGACGAUGGUUGGUAGCUUCCAGAGCAAGGUCAAAUCUGUCGAGAAGGAUCUAUGGCGGGAGUACCAGACCCUCGAGAACCACCUCGAGCAGCGCACCAAGAAACUCGAUCGUCUGGAGGCCAUCGUUAGAAAUGGCAUCGCCACGGGACAGCUCAACCCGCAUUCCCACACUCUCGCCGAGGCGCAAGCCCGGUUCGCAAGGCUCGAAGAUGCCUACCGCCAGCUUAAAGUGGAGAACCACACCCUCCGCGCCGCCGCCGAGGCUCGACGAGCAGCGUACUCAACUUCGGUAGAGCGCAAUGGCGUGGUGUCGCCAGAUGGCAGCCCAUCCCCAUCUGUCCCUAUGGGUCCGAAGGCGAAAGACAGGAGUGCCAGCGCCAGCAAGAUUCCCAAGUCAGGUAGCAGGAGCGGACUAAGCAAGUCCGUGUCGGCAUCCACCCCGUCGCGCAGCUCAUCCCAACAUUACCACUUCCACAAUCACUCCUCCAGAUCAACCCUCGCCACCCCGUCGACGGCAGAAGACCUGUCGCGGUCAAGAGGCGGGAGCCCUGCCACCCCCAAGAGGGACACCUCCACUGGCACAGCAACCGAAGACGACGACACCAUCACCUUCCCCACACCAACCCAGACAGCACCGCCGCAACAGGGUCAACAAGAGAGGGCUAGCAACAGUAAUAUUAUUAAUAACCCUUCCACAUCCACCGCUCUAGCCGCCAGAACCAACACCACCACCACCCACCCAACCACGUCCACAACCGUUAAUGUUGGAAGUGGAAGCGUUGGCAGCAUGGACAAUAAAUGGAUGAUGCGCCUGCGGGAUCUGGAGGCGAAGCUCAAAGCGGAGCGCGAGGGCCGGAUAUUGGACCGCGGCGAGGCGCUCAAGCGGAUCCAUGCUAGCGAGAGCGAGAAUGCGGCGCUAAGGGGGGAUCUGGAAAGGGAGAGGGAGCGGAGGAGGCAGGCGGGAAUGGGGAGGUAGGACUCUUUGCUGUCUCUGCGACUGUGGCUUUGGCUGUGGUGGGGUUGGGAGUGGUUGGGUUUGGUGGGAGGUUUGGUGAGGUGGGUUCUGCUGGGCUGGGUUGGGUUGUUGGGAUGGGUGGUAAGGGAGUUGAGGUUUGUGUGGUUGGGGGUGAACGGCUUGAGGGAUGCUGUGGGAACUGGGAGCGGAUUGGUAAGCGGUUGGAAGAGGGUAUGACUAGUUUGCUGAAAGGGGUUAGUGGCAAGGGGGAAGGGGGAUCCUGAGUGGGUGAUCCUGGGCUCUGUAUUCAUAUAGGCAUGGAUUGAAGGAGCUCCAGUCUGCCUUGUCAGAGGCUGUCACUUCUGGGGGUGGAGUUCUGGGGUUAUACGGUUACUAUACCAUCGGUAUGGGGUAUGUGACACUCAUGGAACGAGGUUUUUAGUUCAUUUACCAUGGUUGUAUAGUCGUCGCCGUGUUUGUCGUUGAUCUGGU